ACUUUGCCUUGUUGAUUCUUUUUCCACCAAGGCUAAUCAGAAGUUGUUUGGAUUAGGUCUCAAUCACUGUGGAAACCUGUUGCUGUUCUAAAAAGCUGCAUUGUUUCCCUUUUCUCUCGGAGGAUAAGUAGCCUGAAAAAAAAUGGGAAGAAAUAUGAAAAAUGUCCUUGUUGUCUCUUUUGGAUUUUUGCUGCUCUUCACUGCAUAUGGGGGUCUUCAAAGUUUACAGAGCAGCCUUAAUGCCAGUGAAGGGAUGGGUGUAGCAUCUCUGAGUGUCAUCUAUGCAUCUAUCAUCCUGUCUUCAAUGUUCUUACCACCCAUUCUUAUUAAGAAUUUGGGCUGCAAACUGACCAUUGUUGCAUCCAUGGCUUGCUAUGUGGCAUAUUCAGUCGGCAACUUCUACCCGGGCUGGGCAACUCUAAUCACCACCUCUGUGAUUUUGGGGUUAGGAGGCUCUCCUUUGUGGUCUGCAAAGUGUACCUACCUCACUAUUAGUGGAAACCUGCAAGCUGAAAAGGACAACAAGAGAGGUCCCGAUGUUGUCAACCAAUAUUUUGGGAUCUUCUUUUUAAUAUUUCAGUCAUCUGCAGUGUGGGGAAACCUCAUGUCUUCUCUUAUCUUUGGGCAAGAUACAGGAAUUGCUGAAAUACCUGAAGAAGACCUGAAGUUCUGUGGAGCAGGCAGCUGUGAGUACACUGGUGAAGCUGUAGGAAACUCAACAAGGCCUUCAGACACAUUAGUCAAUACUCUUCUGGGCAGUUAUAUAGGUGUUGGAGUCCUGGCUAUAAUCUUUGUGGCAGUUUUCCUGGACAACCUUGACAGAGAUGCAGCUCGUGAAUUCAGGGACAACAGAGAUCCAUUUUGGACAGUUUUCCUGGCCACUUUCAAACACCUCUCUGACAAGCGACAGCUUCUGCUCAUCCCUCUGACAAUGUACAGUGGUUUUGAGCAGGGCUUCCUUGCAGGAGAUUACACCAAAUACUAUGUCACCUGUGCAUUGGGAAUACAUUUUGUUGGUUUUGUGAUGAUCUGCUUUGGUGCAACAAAUUCAUUAUGUUCCUAUGCCUUUGGAAAGCUGGCACAGUAUACAGGAAGAGCAGCCUUAUUUGGCUUGGCAGCCGUGUCAAAUUUUAGCUGUAUAAUAGCCCUGCUCUUGUGGAAACCUCAUCCAGACCAGCUAGCAGUCUUCUUUGUAUUUCCUGCUCUUUGGGGAAUGGCAGAUGCUGUGUGGCAGACACAAACCAAUGCCCUCUAUGGAGUUCUCUUUCAUGAACACAAGGAGGCAGCAUUUGCCAAUUAUCGACUCUGGGAGUCGGUGGGAUUUGUGAUCGCUUUUGCUUACAGCAACUUAAUCUGUUUGGACAUUAAACUGUAUGUCUUGAUAGGAGUUCUGGUUGUUUCAAUGGCACUCUAUGGGUUGGUGGAAUACAAAGAGUACAAGAAUCCUACAGUGAGAGAAGACAAUGUAUCAAAGAAAGUGCCAGAGAAGCUAAUCAUUUCUGAAACAAAAUUUUAGCAAACUAUUUUGUGUUAACGUGUUAAACUUUUUGAAUGAAUUUCUUUUUUUUUUUCAAAGCAUACAGGUGAAUUAAGAACAUUAAAAGCCAUUGGUUGUGAACUUUAAAAACAAUUAUUAUGGUUAGUUUUCUUUGAGACACUCAAAAGUCUUUAUCUUAAAACUUGUCCAUGCUGCAGUAUUGUUGACUUCAUAGUCUGUUCUACUAAUAUAAUACAUAUUAUGUUGUACCUGAAUAUUAAACUUUGAGAGGAUUUGACACCA